AUGAGGCUUUCUGCAUCAGUCGGACUUUUGGCUGUCGUAGCCAUAGCGGGAGUCGCUGCGCAAGACCUUCAUUGCGGCGAUACUACACAUGCAUUUACUUGCGGUCAGGCUCAGAUCACUGGACAGGACUGCCUGGGUGAUUGUAACUGCCAGAAUGGAGGACAAUGCGCAGGCUUUAGCGAUAUCAAUGACAACGACUGCCCUGCGGCCGACUUCAAGAACGUUUGCUUCAGAGCGGACAACGGCCCCGACUGCGAAUGCCGUUAA